UAAAAUUUUGCCGCGUUGCGUUCGCCUGCCAACAAAAGCGCUCGAACUGUGCCCACACAAAAUCAAAUCAAGCUAAAUACUUUUCAAAUUGAAAAUUGCGCGCGAAAAAUGUUUGCAAAAUAAAUAGAAAAAUGAUUUGAAAAGUGCAUAAAGAAGUAGAACGAAUGGAAUUUCGCCACCUCGUCAGCUUAAAAUAAUAUUUAAAAAAUAAUAAACCAAACUAAUUGCAUUCACCUGACGUUGAAUCACUUUGCCAAUUUGCAACGCUUUCCGGGGGAAACAAAAAUAAAUAUAAAAAAAUAAAUAAACGAAUUGUUUGCUGGCAUAAUCAGCAGUUGCAAUUUUCACUAAAAAUAAAAAUAACUUAAAAAAACAAAAAUAAAUAGAAAAGUUUGAAAAUUAAAAGCUCCAAGUGAUGAUUUAAGUUUUUUCCCCUCAUUGAAUGAGGAAUGUUAGUGAAGUUGAUGAAUUCUCUCUAAAACCAACAUAGAUUAAUUGAAAUGUAAAGUGCUCUUCAUUAUCUGCGGAAUAACAUUUAUGCAGACAGAAUUGAAAAUGGAAAAUCAAACAUACAAAGAGGCAAAUUCUUGGGCCUAACACAGACGUUGCUAUAGAGAUUAGAAGGGAAUUCGAGCUCGAGAGAUUUGCAAUUAGUUUAAAAUAAUAUAUACUAAAAGCGAUUUGUGUGGACUUUGCAAUGCAUGAGACAUCAUGAGACACAUUCUCGUAUUGCAUUCGAUAUUGUAAGCGAAGCGAAGGAGAACUAGUUAAAUUCAGAAUAGUUUUACGAUUGUUGCAAGUGUUUAGCUCUGCUUAAAUUGUCGGCACGUGUGCAGGUUGUUAAUCAAGCAGAAUCCAAAAGAAAAACAAAACAACACAAAAAACGAAACUAAACUGCAAGAAACGAAAAAACAACAGCAGAAGCUAGAGAGCACACACAACAAUUUCAAAUGUAAAUUAAUUAAAAAUUAACUCGAAAGUGUGUGUGCGUGUGCAAGUGUGCGUGUGUGUUUACACAUACAUGAAAAGUACAAAUAAAAAACGAAGCAAAAAAUAACGAAAUAACGAAAAGAGAAAGAAUAAUGGCGAUGUAAAUAAGGUGUACCGGAAGGAAGCCGGCGGAAAUCAAAGCAACGCCUGCAUAAAGUAAACUUCGUGGUGUCCUUCACUCUCGAACACUCUUCCUCCCCCCUCUCCACUCUUGACUCUCUCCCCUAAGCUCGUAACCAGACUGCCGUUGAUUACGUAAUUACAUGAAUGUAAAUUUGUUGCGCUAGCUUUGUUUGCUGCCAGCAGCAGCAGCAAAGGAGAGGGAGAAGGCAAAGUCACGAACAAUUAAGGAAAGGCAAAUAGCACGAGCAUAAAAAUGAUAAAGGAAGUCAUGCUUUAAAUGCGCCAGCAAAUGACACGAAAGCCCGGGCAACAACAGCAACUACAACAACAAUAGUAGCAGACAAUAAUAGCAAGGACAACAUACGAGCAGCAGCAACAGCAACAGCAACAACAACAAGGAUAACAAGUUGUUGUUGUCAUUAAGCACACGCCACACAGCUUUAGAAUGAAAUGGAGAUGCAAAGCGAGGCUGGUCAUGGACCAACAACAGCAACGACAACGACAACUGCAACAGAUGCAACAGCAACACCAACAGCAACAGCUACAGAUGCAACAUACACACUUGCCACACGUGACUUCAAUUGUCGUGUGGCAGAGCACAAACUUUGGCAACCUUUCAUUAACUGCGAGGCAGCCCAAAGUGCCAACGACAACUACAACAACAGCGACAGCAACACCCACAACAGCAACAGCACGACGACAACAUUCCAUUGUAGCUUGCAAGCAUUUGAGAGAGACGAGGAGAAGGCAUUCUAUGCAUGCAACAGCAACAGCAACAGCAACGAGGACGAGCAGCAGGAGUGGGCAACAUCCUGUGCGCUAGAGACACAACUGUUGAGGCCGCCACACGAGGCGUAUGCGCAAUUUCAACUGGCAAUCAUCGAGGCCGUUAGUGAUAAUGUGAGUGAUACGCUUAGUUUUAGUGCCCAAUGCAAUCGACAACGCAGUCUGCUCGUCUGCAACGAACAACAGCAGCAAACUCUACUCUGCCAGCUGCAACAGGAGCUGAGCACAGCUGGCGAAUUGGCUGACGUUGAUGUGAGUGCCACGACAACAUUGUACGACUAUCACAUUGAACUGGGCGAUGGCCUCUGGUCGUGGCUGAACCUAACCGAACUGGCCAACAAUGUCACUGGCAGCCUUGGCAACCAGACUGUCAGCAAUGUGACCGCCAGCCUCGACAUGAUACUGUCCAACUAUACGCUCUCGGACACGGCUCUAACCACCACGACCACGUCUGCGGCCACAGCAACAACUACCGACAGCGACAUUGUCAUCGCCAGAAGUAUAUUCGACUAUACGCCGCACGGUUACGAUUGGCUCUUUCUUUUCGUCGUGUUUUUCAUCUUUGCCGGCGGCUUAGGCAAUAUUCUCGUGUGUCUCGCCGUCGCCUUGGAUCGCAAGCUGCAGAAUGUGACCAACUAUUUUCUGUUCUCGCUGGCCAUCGCCGAUCUGCUUGUCAGUCUGUUUGUGAUGCCCAUGGGCGCCAUUCCAGCAUUUCUGGGUUAUUGGCCACUCGGGUUCACAUGGUGCAAUGUCUAUGUCACCUGCGAUGUACUUGCCUGUUCGUCGAGCAUACUGCACAUGUGCUUCAUCAGUUUGGGGCGAUAUCUGGGCAUAAGGAAUCCACUCGGCUCUCGGCAUCGUUCCACCAAACGUUUGGCCGGCAUCAAGAUAGCCAUUGUCUGGGCCAUGGCCAUGUUGGUCUCCAGUUCGAUAACAGUGCUGGGUCUGGUGAAUGAGAAGAACAUUAUGCCGCAGCCAAAUGUAUGUGUCAUUAACAAUCGAGCGUUCUUUGUCUUUGGCUCCCUGGUGGCAUUCUAUAUACCGAUGCUGAUGAUGGUCUCCACAUAUGCGCUCACCAUUCCCUUGCUGCGCAAGAAGGCACGUUUCGCAGCCGAGCAUCCGGAGAGCGAGCUCUUCCGUCGGCUCGGCGGCCGUUUCACCAUACGCCCACAGCAUAGCCAGCAACAGUUGCAGAUGCACAGCAGCUUCAACAGCAAUAAUUACGGCAACAACAAAUGCCUCGCCAUGGGAGACAGCAAUCGCAACUUUAACAAUGACAGCGGAGGAGGUGGAGGUGGAGGUGGAGGUGGAGGAAGUGGCACAAGAACACGAUAUGCUGGGGAUGGAGGAACAAUGACUUCCAACAACAAUGAGCCAACGGAGCGAGCAUUGAUGCAGCAACGGACAACAACAAAUAAUCGCAGCAUGGCCAGCGUCAGUUUUCGCAAUGUGGCCAAUGGGGCAAGUGGUCGAAAUGUCACAAGCAUUGGACGCAGCAGCUUCCGCUUUGCCGGCGGCGGCAUCUUGCGACAAUCCUCGACGCCAACAACAGCCACAACAACAACAUCGUUGUCGUCGGCCACAACGAGUUCAAUGCGCGGCAAGACACAACAGACGACGAGCAGCUUCUGGCGCAAGCACGGUGGCAAUCCCAAUCUCAUGGACAGCCAUCCCAAUCGACGAGCCUCGGUGCGCGUGAGCGUUUCUCAGCCACAAUUGGGUUACGCAACAAAUGGAAAUGGUGACGGUAAAAACGGAGGCGCAACAGCUGCCACAACGAGCUGCACAAAUGCUGGAGGCGGCAGCGUUGGCUCCAGCCGAAUCAGCAUUGCCACCAUACACAGCCAGGGCAAUCAUCCACUGGAGCAGGUGACGACGUCGUCGUUGUCGUCGACGACAGCAGCAGCGACGACGGCGACAACAACAACGACAGCAGAGGAGAGACGCCACAAGCUGCGCCCCUUUAAGAUUGCUUUAAAUCGUGUGGCCACGCCCACGCUCAAUUUGCGUUUUCUCAACAGUCGCCAGAAACGCAACAGUCUCUCCGCCAACGCGGUGGCCACCGAACAGAAGGCCACCAAGGUGCUGGGUUUGGUGUUCUUCACGUUUGUACUUUGCUGGUCCCCGUUCUUCAUACUCAACAUCAUCUUUGCCGCCUGCCCCGAGUGCCAGGUACCCGAGCAUGUGGUGAACACUUGCCUCUGGCUGGGUUAUGUCUCCUCCACGAUCAAUCCGAUCAUCUACACCAUCUUCAAUCGCACGUUUCGUGCGGCCUUCAUUCGCCUCCUGAAAUGCAACUGUGAACGCUCGGGUCGUCCUCUGCGCUAUCGCUCCGUGACCGAAGGCAGGAGCGCACUGAGUCUCUGUGCACCCUCCGCCCUGCCGCUGGCCAUCUCCUUUCAGGGGGCUCCACUGAUGACGCCAUCAACGACAAAUGCCACGCCGCUGAGUGAGUUCCGGGGCAGUUAUACAAUCACCGACGACGAGUGCUGAACACGAAUUUAUGAGCCAUGCUUAUGGGAGAAACUGCAAAUAAAAAACGUAAACGUAAACGUAAACGUAAAUGUAAAUCAGAUCGGAGCGCAAAACGCAUAACGAAUAACGGUGUAUGUACUUCUAAGUGUGUGUAAUCAAAUGUAAACUACAGGGUGAUUCAUUCAAAAUCAAAUCAAAGAGCAAAACAAAAUGUUACCUAGGCAAACAAACCACAAGAGAGAAACCUAUAAACUUAGAUAACAAACUCCCUUCAUAUCAUUAGCGAUGAAUGAAUGAAAAUACUAAAAUAGUGUGUGACUGUGUGUGUAUGUGUAUUCUGUGUAUUAGCUAGGUAUGACUGUACCUGUCAUUUCGCAUGCCGCCAUCUUGUAGCUUUAAGCAACUCAACUGUACUUACUAUUAAGAUCUAAGCAUUUCCGCAAAAGAAACAAAAACCGAAACCGAAACUAUUAAUAGUAUAUUUUGAAAACUAUAUAGAAACGUAGGCAUAAGCUAAUGCUGCUCUCUAAGGCAAAAGUUGUAUAAGUGUUUGUUAUUAAACUGUAGCUGUGUUUGUUAGUCACUCGAAUUAGUUGCUAUUCAAAACUGUCUGACUACCAAAAAAUAAAAAAACAA